AUGGGCCAAAAGGCAGCAACAAGUGAGAUAAUAAACCGAUUGAUUGGUGCACUUGAGGAUGAUGAUAGCGAUAUCAGAGAGAAGGCGUGUGAAGCCCUGGGUCAUAUGGGUCAACAUGUAACUAGAAGUGACAUCAUCAAUCGACUAACCGGGGCACUUCGUGAUACUGACUCGUUUGUCCGAUCGCGUGCAUGUGAAGCACUGCGUGCCAUGGGUGAAAAAGCAGCAACAACUGAAGUUCUUAAUCAGCUAACCAUUGCACUUAUGGAUCCCGAUUCGUUUGUCAGGUGGAGUGCAUGUGAGGCUCUGGGUACGAUGGGUGAAAAAGCAGCAACGAGUGACGUCAUUCUUGGGCUAACUCGCGCUCUUGGCGAUAGGAAUCAAAAUGUCAGGACAAGUGCAUGGGAAACUCUCCGUGAGAUGGCAGAAAAUACAGCAACAAAUGUGGUUAUGAACUUCCUAAUUAGUGCAUCUGUCGAUAGUUUUAGUACUGCCAGGUGGAGUGCAUGUGAAGCUCUGGGUAGGAUGGGUGAAAUGGCCGCAACAAGUGAAGUCAUUAAUCAUCUAAUAAUUGCGCUUGGAGAUAGUUCUGAUACUGUCAGAUCGAGUGCAUGUAAAGCCCUAGGUAGGAUGGGUGAAAAGGCAGGAACAAAUGAGAUCAUUGAUCGCCUAAUUAAUGCACUUGGGGAUAGUGAUAGCCAUGUCAGGUGGAGUGCAUGCGAAGCUCUGGGUAGGAUUGGUGAAAAGGCAGCAACAACUAAGAUCAUUGAUAUACUAAUUAAUGCACUUGGGGAUAGUGAUAGCUAUAUCAGGUGGAGUGCAUAUGAGGCUCUGAGUAGAAUGGGUGAAAAGGCAGGAACAAAUGAGAUCAUCAAUCGGUUAAUUAUUGCACUUGGGGAUAGUUCUGAUACUGUCAGGUGGUGUGCAUGUGAAGCUUUGGGUAAGUUGGGUGAAAAGGCAGGAAGAAAUGAGAUCAUUGAUCGCCUAAUUAAUGCACUCGGGGAUAGUGGUAGCUAUGUCAGAUGGAUUGCAUGUGAAGCUCUGGGUAGGAUGGGUGAAAAAGCAGGAACAAAUGAGGUCAUUGAUCGACUAAUUAUCACACUUGGGGACAGAGACAGCAAUGUUAGGGAGAAGGCAUGUGUAACUCUGGGAAAGAUGGGUGAAAAGGCCGCAACAGAUGAAGUGAUUAAUUGGCUAAUUAGCGCACUUGAGGAUAGUUCUAUGACUGUUAGAUCGAGUGCAUGUGAAGCUCUGGGUAGGAUGGGUGAAAAGGCCGCAAAAAGUGAAGUCAUCAAUCACCUAAUUGUUGCACUUGGCAAUAGUUCUAGUACUGUCAGAUCGAGUGCAUGUAAAGCCCUAGGUAGGAUGGGUGAAAAGGCAGGAACAAAUGAGAUCAUUGAUCGCCUAAUGAAUGCACUUGGCGAUAGUGAUAGCUAUGUCAGGUGGAGUGCAUGCGAAGCUCUGGGUAGGAUUGGUGAAAAGGCAGCAACAACUGAGAUCAUUGAUCGGCUAAUUACUGCACUUGGAGAUAGGAAUAGCGAUGCCAGGGAGAAGGCAUGUGAAGCUCUAGGAAAGAUGGGUGAAAAGGCAGCAACAAAUGAGGUCAUUAAUUCUCUAAUUAGUGCAUUGAUGGAUAGUUCCAGUACUGUCAGAUUCAACGCAUGUGAAGCUCUGGGCAGAAUGAGCGAGAAGGUAGCAACAAGUGAGGUCAUUGAUCGACUAAUUAUCACACUUGGGGACACAGACAGCAAUGUAAGGGAGAAAGCAUGUGAAGCUCUGGGAAAUAUGGGUGAAAAGGCCGCAACAGGUGAAGUGAUUAAUUGGCUAAUUAGCAUACUUGAGGAUAGUUCUGGGCCCUGGAUACCAGGUUCAUCAUCGGGUUCAGCACUCAAUAAUACCUUUGCAAUCUUAUUGAAAUACUGA